UCUUACACAGACCGGGUAUUUAAUCAGUUCAAUUUUAUAUUAUAUUAUCACCAUCCUAAUUGAGAGAUAAUGUGAAGUUUGUGAAAUUUACUACUAGGUGUGCACAGCUUCUUCUCUGUUGAUGAAGUCCCUCGACCUCGAUUGGCCAAGCUGGUCACAUGGUAGCCUAACUUUAUUCAGUUGACAGCAAGUAGGAGGGCUUUAUGGAGGGAGGAAAAAAAGACAACUCGAGAAAAAUUAGUAUUUCCUACCUUCAGAAAUUAAUGGCCAUGAGUUCGUACAUGGUGAACUCCAAGUAUGUGGAUCCAAAAUUUCCUCCUUGUGAGGAAUAUUCUCAGACCAGCUAUAUACCUGAAGAGAGCCCGGGCUACUACAGUCCGUCGCAGGACACUGGUUUCCAGCAUCCCGGACUCUAUUCACGGUCAAACUACUCUGAGCAGCCUUACAGUUGUAACACUGUCCAGGGCUCAUCGGUUCAGCAGCGGGGUCAAGCGCAGGAUCAAGCCGGCCAACACAGCCCUUUCCCCGCACAGACUGAGCAGUGUCCCGCGGUCCAAAUAUCCGGACAACCGCAAAACACAAAGAGCCAGAACGGGAUAACAGCUAAGACGCCUGCUGUAGUUUACCCAUGGAUGAAGAAAGUGCACGUUACUACGGUCAACCCGGAUUACACAGGACCUGAACCCAAACGUUCUCGGACAGCCUACACAAGACAGCAAGUUCUCGAACUAGAGAAGGAGUUUCAUUUUAACAGGUAUCUAACGAGACGGCGUCGCAUUGAGAUCGCGCACACCCUCUGUCUCUCUGAACGACAGAUUAAAAUCUGGUUUCAGAACAGAAGAAUGAAAUGGAAAAAGGACCACAAACUCCCUAACACGAAAGGAAGAUCGGCGUCAGUUGGGAAUCAGCAUGCACAACACGCUCAGAAGGACAACCAGACAGAGAUCACAACUUUAUAAGUGGAUAUCUCUUUCUCCCUCCCUCCAGAUGUACAGAUCAACUGUAUGUAAUAGACAAUGCUUUAUUUGACAUUGCAUGGUAGCAAAUCAUGACAUGUUGGGUACAAGUGCCAAAAAACUGAGAAGAAGCACACACUACGACUAAAUGCAGCGUGAAAACUGCUAUGCGUUAUAUAUUUCAAUUUCCAGUAUUGUAACCGUUUGUAACUGAAGCAAAGAGGAUAUAAGGUUCACAUGCCACAACGAGGUACAGCAAAACGUCAGAAAGCUCACGCUAUUUUACACAAACUUGCCAAUUUUUUGGAAGAGCAUGGUUCUUUUUAGUGACAAUUAAAAAAAAAAAAUCUCUGUAUUUUAAUCACCCCUUUCCUCUUUUUAAACUCAUUGUGGCAAGUUUACGCCUUUGGCGCGUCAAUUUAUCUUAACUUAAUCAUUAAAGAGAACUCAAGCAAGGAAAUGUCCAGCGUAUAAUAAAUUAUGAUUUUUUUUUGUACUUGAGUCAACUGGGUGCAAGUAAUAAAAACUAAAUAAAAUUAGUUAAUGAUAAAAAAAAAAAAACGUUGCCUGAGAAAUUAUUUAUUUAUAGACUGAAAAGCUGAAGAAAUUUCAUUCUGAACCUCGCGUGUGCUGUGCGCGCCUUUUUAAAGGUUUACUUUCUAAAAGACUAUUUCAGUCAAGUAAUUUUUAACUUGUACGUGAUUUUUAAGAAUUUCGUUAUAGGUGUUUUACAAUUGUUUAUUGCAGCUUUUUAAAAUGACAUAUUUAAUCCAGAAAAAAAACGAAUAUCCCAUGCCUUACUCCACUAUAAAUCCCGCCCGACAUCUUUGUAAACAACAUUAAAGAACAGUAUAUCUGUCUUCCGAAUAUUACCUGAAAGUCUUGAAAAGCCGCUUUUUAUUUUCCAUUUUAGACACGUUUAGCCCUCAAGAUGUUUGAACUUUCUAUUUAUUAUAAUGUUAAAAGCUUUAUGUUCUAUGAGAACGUACUUAUCCGUUCCAUAAUUAGCUAUCGAAUUCAGUUUUUUUAAGUUCUUAUAUAUGUGUAUAUAUUUCUGUAUAUUGUGCAUAUUUUCUACAGGCAUAUUUUGCAGUAAUUAAAUAAAUAUUAUGCAGAGAGGUUUCA